UACACACAUGAGUGAGAACAAAGAGGAGGAAACGAGACAGUCCCAUGUAAGUUUCAAUACCUCGUCAAAAAGCCAAGUCUCAGCUGCUGAAGAGCACAGUUCGAACAUGUUGUGGAUUUAAAAGAACUACAAGAAUGAAAUCACUGGACUGAAAAGAGCCAAGCCUGGAGUAGAUCAUGGCCAAUGUGACUUCAGUGCCACCACCUAUGAACCAGUCACAGCCCAACAAUGUCACCAAUUCCUUGCAUAUACCACAAUAUAGUGAUGUGGAACUUGUCCUGCUUGGUGUUGCAAUGGCUAUUCUUGUUCUAGCAAUAGUUUUUGGUAAUGUGAUGGUGAUUACAGCCAUCCUGCGCUUCCAGAGGCUCCAAACUAUCACCAACCUUUUCAUUGCCUCACUCGCUGUUGCUGACCUCAUCAUGGGUGUCAUUGUGGUCCCGUUUGGCUCCAGCAACAUCCUGCUGGGAAUCUGGAAGUUUGGAAACGUCAUGUGUGACUUCUGGACAGCAACUGAUGUGUUGUGUGUGACAGCCAGCAUAGAAACACUGUGUGUGAUUGCCCUGGACCGCUACCUCGCUAUUACGAGGCCGCUCCGCUACCCAAUACUGCUCACCAGGGCUCGGGCCUUCACGGUGGUGUUUGUGGUUUGGGCAGUGGCCUCCCUCAUCUCCUUCCUGCCCAUCUAUCUCAAGGUCUGGGUGUCGGACAAAGAAACAGCUAUUAUAUGCUUAAACAGUGAGACCUGCUGUGAAUUCAACACCAAUGCGGCAUAUGCAGUAUCUUCUUCAAUAGUGUCGUUCUAUCUGCCGCUGGUGGUGAUGAUUUUCCUCUACACCCGUGUAUUCCAAGAGGCUCAAAAGCAGCUGGAAAAAAUCCGGGGGAGGGAGCGGCACUUCUACCACCUGCAUAAAUCUGCACAGCUGACUUACCCAGACGACAGCCCCUCUCUAAACAAACUCAAGACAGGAGCGGAUGGAGAUGACAGACUAAACAUGCAGCAAAUUGAAAGUAUUGACUCUAGGCAAGAAGAAAAGGGGGAUGAAAAUAGAGUGAGGACAGAAAAAGAAGGAAAGCAGUCUGCUCCAAAGCGUCUUAAGUUCUGUCCCAGAGAGCACAAGGCUGUGAAAACUCUGGGGAUCAUCAUGGGAACUUUCACCCUUUGUUGGCUACCUUUCUUCAUCCUCAAUAUCGUCAUAGCCAUUGUAGAUCUCAAUGGCAAUAAGGACCUAUUUAGUUUCCUAAAUUGGCUAGGCUAUUCCAACUCAGCAUUCAACCCCCUCAUCUACUGCCGCAGUCCUGAUUUCCGUCAUGCCUUCCAGGAAAUCCUUCAUUUAAGGGGCAGGAACUCAGGAUGGAAGGGGGCAUGUGGAUGGUGCACCGAGAGACAAGGUUACUCCAAGUCCCCACAGAGGCAGAAUGGAAACUCUGACCUGGAUCGUGUCAGGGGACUGGAUGGUCAGGAGAAAUCAGGGUGGAAUGGAAGUCUGGAGAGUUCCAUCCGAGACAGCUCACUGACCCUUGCUCUACCAGCAUCAUGUUGUGAACAAGUUCUAGAUGUAGCUCCCGGUUCCUUGAAUAGUUGGCAGGAAAACAGCUCUGGCAGUAAGACUUGCAUGGAAAAUAUUUCUUCUAUUGCUUGACCAAAAGAAAGUAGAUGUUAGACCUCAAAUUAAAACUGCAGUUUCAUACAGCUUUGGCUAAUUUGUUUGUUUGACAAAUUGACUGAUCUUUCUGGUCUAUAAGGUGGCUGUAUAACGUUGUAUUUAGUCAGUAUUACUGUGGUUUUACCUAAGAUAUCUGUUCUUCUCUACUGCAUUUAAUAGACUGAAAUAGUCCAGCCAUCCGACAUAAAGUUUACAUUGAUACGUUCACCAAAAGCCAAAAAUAUAAAAUAUUUCAAACAUAAUAUAGAACAUGUCAACAGUGUUCUGUGGAAUCCGUUUAGGAGGUGACUUGGUAAACCCUUCACCUAGAACAGUGAAAAAUAUGAAACACUGAAAUAUUUUAUGUAUGUUGUGAAACAGUCCAUUUAAACCCAAACCAAACGUAAGUCUGGUACUUAAAGAAAUCAAUCUGUAACUGAAACUGAAAUUAAGACUAAAAACAAGGCUUGAAUUUACAAAAUAAUCUACAUUUACUAAAAUAUUAUAUAAUCUCAUUGUGUAUUUAGGUAUUCUAUCAUGCAUAGAAAUUAUGAAUGGUACUGAACUGGAUUUGCAUCAAUCUCUUUGGUAGAAAUACUUUGUGUGAUAUUUAACAGCAAAAGAUGCUAUCCACAAGGGGAGACUGUGGUUUUACUGUACCUACUGUGCCUUGCAAAAAUAUUUAAACCCCUUGAACAUUUUUUUAAAAAUUGAUCACAUAAAAACAAACUUCAAUGUAUUUUAAAGAUCGACACCCAGUAGUGCAUCAAUGGAAAAAUGGACAAAUAAUGACACAUGGCAUAUAGAUAUAUAUAUAUAUAUUAAUAUUUUUACAUAUUAAAAUCUGAUAAGUGUGGUGUAGAUUUGUAAUCAGCGAAAUUUAUUCUGAUACCCCUAAAUAAAAAUGCUGAUUUUUUGGAGAAGGGAUGCAUCUAAAGCUGAUUUUAUCUCCGAUCCGUAGCCGGGGAAAAUCUGCUUCAUUCUACACUAGCAGUUCAGAACAAAAAUCAGUUAGUGUGAGAAGACAGGAUUCAGGUGUGUGAGGAGAACCGACCCGAUCUCACCACAGUUGCAGUCAAACAAACAUGUUUGACUUUUUUGAGGCGUAUCUGGAUACAGUCGGGUUGUGUGAACUAGUCACCAACCUGACUGUAAAAAGAGACAUUGUGAUAUGAUAACAGUUGCGUGCAAACUUUUUUUAAUACUUUGUUAAAAUGUGAAUGGCCUGCACUUGUACACAGCUUUAUCAAGUCCAAGUACCACAAAGCACUUUGCAGUACAAUCAGUCAUCCACCCUUUCAUACACAUAUUCACACACACAGCAAAUACUGCGACAUAACAGUUCAAAAAACGCAACAGAUUAUGGAGAAAACUGAACGGACUGAAAAAUAUGACCAAAACAAGAAUAUAAAGAUAUCCACACAGCACCUGGAGAGACUAAAUUAAGCUUUUCUGCACUCCUACAGACUCCAAGUACACAACAAAAAAAAGGCUAAAAAAGUGGAUUUUGCAUAAUAUGUCUCCUUUAAACUGUGUGAUAAAGUUAAAGGGCUAUUGAUAUGUUUCCAAGGCACUCACAGGUGCACAGAAGAAGGCAUUUGCUAGUCAUACAAAUAAUAUUAUUUAAAAAGUCUAAAAUUGGAAGUAAUACAAUUUUGAAGCCUUUAUUUAGAAAAUAAUAUAUAUUUUAUGUUGAAAUAAUAGAUCAUUUGGUCAUUUUAGUGGGAGACUGGGUUGCACAGGCAGCUACAAUGGUGACUGUAUUUAAACAUAUCCUCUUCAGAUUCUGCCUAACUAAGAGUCUUACAUGUAAACUGAAGGUACUGGUGUGUGUCAUAGCCAAAAACGUACACAUGUAUAUGACAACAAAUUGGUGUUACUAUAGUGAUGCUUUUUGACAUAAACAGUUUUAAGAGCUGCAGAGAAAGUACUUUAGUAUUUUAAAGAGUGAUUCGGAUGCUGUGCAGGCUACUUCAUUCCAAACUGUUCAUCAAAAAGAUGUUUACAUUAAUACAAAUGUUUCCAGUUCAAGCCCUUACUUAUGGUAAAGCUGAGACAGAAAAUAUUGCACGUUAAUUGCAGAUUAAAUAAAAUUACUCACAAAUUUGGUGGUGUCAGGAUGUAUUGACCUACGUCUACUUUUCUGGCUGUGCCAGAUGGGAAUGGUUAGAUUGGAUUAGAUUGGAUUCAAACUGCUCUUUGUGUUAGCCGCUAUGUAAUUCACUGUGGUUGAUCAUGAUCUCAUUGAUCAAAACAAUGCAUCAGCAAAUAUUUUUCUUAAAUAUCCGAAACGGCCUAAAACCUGGUUGAUUUGAUUAUUUAUUUAUAAGAGUUUAUUGUCACCGGUGGAUAAAGUGUGAUCGGAUUUAAUUUUCAGAUGACCAACCUCAUUCUAACUUAAACACAUAUACCUCGUUAGUUUUGCUAAUCAAAAGCGCUGAUUAUAAAGGCAUGGACAUAGAUUAAAAAAUAAUCAAUAAAUAAAAAUAUUUUAAAAUUAAAAAUAAACUUGCUUAGAGCUUUAGCUUUUCAGCAGUAAAUCCCCUUGGAGCUUCAAGUCACAUGUUUCUUUUUUAUUGAUUACAUAAGGCAGAAAUAAAGCACCAUCCACAGUUAUUGGCAUCCCUAAUAAAAAUGUGUACAAAGGUCUUAAAAUAAAUUGUUAAAGGGAUAUAAGUUUGACUGUGGGUCUAAGCUAAAUAAAGUUAGGAAUUCAUUCGUGUUGGUUACAGUUUUAGUUCUUUUAAACUUUUUAAUGAUUCCGCUGACUCUGACUAACGUCAAUGGCAAUGAAUAGUGGCGAUGAGUAACGUGUCAUAAAUUUGACAGUGUGAGUUUGUUUGCUACUACAACAAUGACAAAUUAAUUGUAAGGCAUUUCCCUUAUCUUAACCUGGAGCAUCUCUUGUAAUUCCCAUUUUAAGGAGUUUUAAGGAGAGAAAUGGGUCUGAAUGUUUCAUCAUAUUUAUACUUCAAGGGAACAGGACUAAUGGAUAACAAAAUAAAAGUGCAGAGACACUCUUAUCAAGUUACAAAAGUAAAGUAUAAAAUAUAAAAUGCUUGCUUUACAUUAAAUCUCAUAGGAUUUGUUGGGUUGUCAAUAAACAUGGUUCUCCCCUUUCUGUAAAAAAAACCAAAAAUGUUUGUUUCUCAAUGUUGGAUUUUUUUUUUUUCCUAACCAAAAAGAAUAAGGUGAGAUAAUGCUACUGCAGUAACAGAUUAAUUUAUUCACCAUUCUUAAUUACAUAUAUAUUUAUUUGUAUACAUCUUUACCAGGUAUGGCCAUACAUGUGGAGGGCACUAUAUGGUCAGUAAUUAACUUUCAUCCGAAAACACAAAGCUGGAAAAUGUUGUUAUUUGCAUUGCUAAUCAGUUUUUUUUACACUUCCACAAACCUCAAACAUCCAGACAAAACAUCCAUUAAGCAAAAAAAAAAAAAAAAAAAACCUUGAGGCUCCACUUAUGAUAAGGUUAUGAAGAACAGCUCCUCUGUUCGGAAUUCCAUCCCUGUAAACCUCCAAAGCAUUUUUGGUGGCAUUUUUGUGUAUGAGAUAAACAUCUGAUCCUCUAAACUUGUGACUAUCAGAUGGUUUCUAUUCUCUGAAUUCAUGUUCUAUCAUCACAUAUUGGCUGGGUCUAUUUUUUGCUUCUCCAAACAUCACUGUAAAGCCACACUUUCCUUUUGUUCUGCUCUCUUUAGCUGCACAAACACUGCAGCAUUUCAGACAGAGCCGAGGAGACCGUUAUCGCUCAGUUGGGGCCACUGUUUAGAUAAGAUUGUCUGUCAUGCUCACUUUACAAACAGUGUUAGGGUUACACAUGUUGAAGUGCUUACAUAAAAUAAAAUAGUCUGAUCAGAAGCUUGGUUAAUAUGGAAAACUAAAGACCUUGUUUUUUUGUUGUACAAUUUCAAUAUUUUAAAUAAACUUGCAAGUCUUACGUUUAAUAAAAUUACAUCUAAACUUGCAUUUAACUGUAAAUAUAAAGUACAUAUGUUUGAAUAUUUAAAUAAUUGUGAUUGUACGUAAGUGUAAGUUUGAAACAUGCCUCUGCAUCCAUGGAUGUCUUAAAGACACUUUUGCUGUAGUCGCAUUUGCCUGAUUUUAACUUUAUCUAAAUUCAAAGUGAUCCAAAUUUAUUCCUGCUGUUCUUUAUAGACCAAAAAGAAAAACAUAGAUUUACUUUGCAAAAAUGUCUGACCCUAAAGCCCUUUGUAUUGGAUGUACAGCCAAAAUCUCAAAACAUCUAGACUAUUUUAAAUGAUGCUUGUGUUAUAUGUUUCAGAAGCUCAUUAGAGGAAAGUGUUUUUUGAUUUCUACCUCAUGAUCUAAAUGAAUGUCAUCUCACUGCUGUAAAUAUGUAUUCAUAUGAUGUUGUAUAUGUCUGUAAGUAAAAGAACAAAGUUUAAAACUGUCAUUUAAAUAUGUUCCUUUGCUUGUC